AUGGCGAGGCCCAAUUCCAGAAUCUCGGAAAGCGGCAGAUUCUUGGAAAGCAUCUCCUCCUCAGUGCCGUUCAAGAGUUUUCUCCCGAAAGCUAAGCAGAAGCCGUUUUCCAAUCACAGUACGAAACUGAGAUCUGACGAAAAUGCUGCAUCUGUGGUUCAAGAGGAACCACCUGAAGCUCCGGAUCCUCCAGUCAAGGUUGUGGUGAGGAUUGGACCAGCCAAUAAACUUGGAAUUGGAGAAAAUUCGGUCAGUAAAGUGGCAAAGACUUCUCUUUGUGUUGCUGACAGAAAUUACGGAUUUGAUUCAAUAUUUGAAUCGGAUUCAACCCAGGAGGAUGUUUACCAUUUAGUAGGUGCACCCUUGGUUAAGGAUGCACUUUCUGGUUACAAUACAACAAUCAUGGCUUAUGGACAGACCGGUAGUGGGAAGACAUACACUAUGUGGGGACCUCCAAAUGCAAUGGUUGGAAGUCCAGUAGUCAAUGGUCCUCAGGGUAUCGUUCCACGCAUUUUCCAGAAGCUUUUCUCAGGGAUUCAAAAGGAGCAAGAGAAUCCUGAUUGCAAAAUGAUGAAUUAUCAGUGCCGGUGUUCAUUCCUUGAGGUAUAUGAUGAGAAGAUCAGUGACUUACUUGAUCCAACUCAACGGGGUCUAGAGAUAACGGAUGACAUAAAAAAUGGAUUUUAUGUGGAACAUUUAUCUGAAGAAUAUGUAUCAUGCUAUGAAGAUGUCACUCAAAUUUUAAUUAAGGGCCUCUCAAAUAGAAAAACUGGAACAACAAGAAUCAACUCCAAGAGCUCAAGGUCCCAUAUUAUGUUCACAUGCAAAAUUGAGUCCUGGUGCAAGGAUUCCUCAUCAAAGUGCUUUGGUAUUUCAAAGAUUAGUCGGAUCAGUCUAGUUGAUCUGGCUGGAUUCGAGAGAAACAUACAUGCAGAUGCUUGUAGACAACAUGUGAAAGAAGGAAAAUAUAUUAAUAAGUCAACAUCAAAGAUUGGGCUUUUAGUAAAUAUUCUUGCAAAAGAAAGUCAAUCAGGGAAAUCUGAAGGAGUUCCGUACAGAAGCUCUCGUCUGAUUCAUUUGUUGAGAGAAUCAUUUGGUGGCAACGCUAAGCUCUCCAUUAUAUGCACAGUUUCUCCAGACAAGAAGAGCAGUAGCGAAACCUUAAGCACCUUCAGAUUCGGCUUGCUAGCAAAACUCAUGAAGAAUGAACCAGUGGUGAACGAAAUAACAGAGGACGAUGUUAAUAACCUGAGCGACCAGAUUCGGCAGCUGAAGGAAGAGCUCAAGAGGGCUAAGUCCAGCACAUCCAACCAUUUAAGCAGCAGCAAUCAUGGAUAUUUCCAAGGGGUAAAUUUGCGUGCGAGCUUGAACCAGUUGAGACUGAGCCUCAAUAAUUCACUGAUAUUACCAGGCGAAGAAAAUGUUUCUGAAGAAAAAUCACACAUCAAUGAGGAUGAUGUUACGGAAUUAAAGCUUCAGUACGUGGCUCUCGUGAAGACAACACGAAGCAAAAUUCCGAGUAAAGAAGCCUGUGAGAAAGAAUUCACUAGAGAGCACUAUAUGAGCUGCUCUGAAGGAGAAAAUGAAGAAAUCAAUUCGAGUGAAAAUAAAACUGAAAGAAAAAGCCUAGUUUUCCCGUCGAAUCAUGAGAGUGACAUGGUGGGUUCUUUGAAAAAUGUGGACGUGAUUCGGCAGUCACAGAAACAAGAGAGAUCUAAUAAGAUUUUUGCUGGCCAUAAUGAGUCUUUGGCAGCUAGCCUCCACAGAGGGCUACAGAUCAUCGACUACCACAAGAGGAACUCAACUCCUUCUAGAUCAUCCGUGUCCUUCUCUUUCGAACACUUGGCACUCAAACCGUGUCUGAAAGCAGACAAUGCCAAUGCCUCAGUUCAGACAUCAGAUCAAACAUCUGGUGCCAUUUUUGUUUGCAUUAGAUGUCAAGGGAAAGAUAGCAAUGAAGCUGACAAGGCGAAGGGCGUGGAGAAAGACUUAGUCCUGGCCAUCGAAAGAGAUACAGAGCUCAAGAGCAUUUGUAAGGACCAAGCAGCUCAAAUCGAGCAUUUAAACAGAAAGCUGGAGCAAUCUCUUCUUCACGCAGACAUCAACAAACACCACGAGCUACCGCUCGAACUCAUAAAAGAAAAAUGUGAAAUCAAAGAGGUCCAAAACUCGUCAAUCUGCACCAGCUCAGCACCACCCAUCAGAAGAUCAUCGUCCGACAAACUACGAUCCUCCCUGCUGUCACAAUCCAUGCUGAAAAGAAAAAAUUCCAUCAACAGCAAGGAAGAAUUCGAGAGGGAGAGAGAAAAAUGGAUGGAGAUGGAGAGCUGAGGAUUGAAAUCGAGUCCUGUUGACUUUGGAGAAGAAGUCAAUGGAAGAGCGUGACGAUGCCCUGGUGAGGUCGGUCGUGGGCCAAGCAAGGAUGAUCGAGCACUACACGGAGCUCCAGGAGAAUUACAACGAGCUUGUGGAGAAGCAUAGGGGUGUGAUGGAGGUUGUAGCGGAUGUGAAGAGGGCAGCUUCUAAGGCGGCAAGUGGCAGGCGCGGGGCCCGCUUUGCGAAGGCGCUGUCUGCUGAGUUGUCAGCCAUGAGGGUGGAGAGAGAGAGGGAUAGGGAGCUGCUGAGGAAGGAGAAUCGGAGUCUGAAGGUGCAGCUGAAGGAUACUGCUGAGGCCGUACAUGCUGCUGGUGCUGGGGAGGUUCUUGUCAGGUUGAGAGAAACUGAGGAGGCUGCUUUGGUUGUCAAGGACAAGAAUUCGGGGAUUGAAGAAGAGAACGAGAAGUUGAGGAGACAGAUGGAGAAACUGAAGAGAAAGCACAAGAUGGAGAAACUGAAGAGAAAGCACAAGAUGGAGAUGAUUACCAUGAAGCAGUACCUUGCCGAGAGCAGGUUGCCAGAGGCCGCUUUGAGAUCCUCACCACUUUACCAAGAUGACUCAGAUAUGGUGCAACAAAUUGGUUCAUCAUUUCCCGAUGAUGAUGAUCAGGCCUGGAAGGCUGAAUUCGGGGCGAUUUAUCAGGUGCAUUAUUAGCUAGAAGAAGAAGAAGCUCUCAUUUGCAUUUAGGAAGACCCUACUCGGGUCGUUUGGCGUCACAAAGCUUUUAACCUUGUCAUUCAGGUUAGGAUUGCCUGUCCUAUGCUUUUUAUUGUACUGCAUUUUAUGCAAUUCUUUGCUGGUUGGUUCAUACAACUUAUUAUUUUUCGUGUUAUAUAUUGUAUUUGUUGCUAGGGAUUUCCUUAUAUAAUUCAAUAUCUUUUGUGUUGUCCGUUGGCGGUAAUUGUGUUCCUUUCGUACUGCUGCUG